AUGAUUUUGGGAGAUGAUUUAUUUAUUUUAUUUUGCUUUGUUUUCCAAUCAACCAGAAAUCUUCAAUUACUCAUGUUCCUUUAAUCCAGCUAAUUCAUGAGCUUCAGCUUGAGGAUUUUCAAGUACUUAGUAUAGAAGAGGAGAGCCGAUUUUACGUGCAGUGAAGCAAUCCUUAGCAACAGCAAUUUUAUCAGGGAUUAAUCUAAGACGAUGCUUAAUAAUAACAUUUUCAACAAUAUUGUAGAAUUCUUGAGAUCCUCUAUUUGCAGUAGCCAUACCAUGAGCAAGAUCAAUUAAAUCAUUAAGAGGAAUAUAGCGAUAUAAACGUUCUUGGACUAACUUGGUUUCAAUAACUUUCCAAAGAGCAUCAUCUUAUACAUUCAUACGUCCUAAGAAUGUGGCAAUUUCUGCAAGGGACUUAUUGCAUUCUCUAUCAAAUCUUGUGAUGUAUUCUUUCAAAAUAGGUGA